UUCACGCAGUUUCCAUGUCUGGUCUCUUGGGAGAAAACCCAAUAAAAUAUAACGACAUUUAAGCGCGUGUACUCCAAUACAGUCCUCGAAACUAACGAGUGUAAAACACGCUCUUUGACAUGAGAGUGGGACUCACGUGAACUAAAUCUAUUUCCCUCAAAUCUGAAGACUUUCAUUCACCCCCAUUUGUUCUGUCUUUUGCUUUCUUCUUGCAUCUUCGGGCAAAUCUCAAAACAAAAAAUCACACGGAUAUUUCAAUUCCCACACAAAGAAGAAUAUAAUAUCUCUCUCUCUCAAUUAGAUAGAUAGAUCUCUCUGAUGAUGGAUCCAACAGAAUCGCCAAGAACAUCGAAUGGCUCUUCUUUGUCUCCGCCGAGAUCGUACCUUAUCUUUAUGCGAAUCAUGAGCAAGAGAAGGACAUGGGUUUGUCUCUUCGUAGCUGUCUACGCUAUUCUCUUGUCUUCCUCUUGGAACUUUCUCACAUCCGUACUUAGCUGGUACAAGCUCCAGUACACGUCGUCUCCGUCGCAGUCGCGGUUACCGGCGGUUUACGCGUCUGUGGUGUUAGGAGCUGUGUUCGGAGCCAUGUCGAUGGUUGCGGCGGCUGCGGUUGCGGUCCCUGCGGUUAUGGUGAUUUGGAUAUCGGUGGUUGUGUUGCUCGCUUUUUUCGGGAAAUCGAGAAGAGUGUUGGUUGUUGAAGCUCGCAAGAUUACAAGAGAAGUGUUUGGAUUUGUCUUUAAGGUUCUUUUGAAAGAAGGCAAUGCUGUUGCUGCUGUUUGUGCUGUUUUGGGUUAUUUUAUUCUCAUCAGAAGGGAUUUUGAUUCGAUUUAGGGUUUUUUUUCUUCUUCUUUUUUGUGAUUUUGGGAUUAUUUUUCCUUUAUUUUUGGGAUCUUCUUAGGGUGUUCUUCUUUUUAAUCUGGAAAAAUUGAUGAUUAUAUUAUGAAGAGCUCAUGUCUUUUUAUA